CUCGCUUGCUGCAAACACAAAUUGUAUGCGUGUUGGUGGCAAAAAGCAAUGGCGAAGUUGUUAGCGUUAACUUGCUUCCGAAACGAGGGAUGGGGCAACCUCUCUCCGCGACCUCACUACCCUUCCAUGCCCAAAUAUCCCAAGGGUGUGGGUCUCACUUCCGCCACCCUCCACCACCCUUCCGAGGCCAGGGCCCUUUUCUCCGUCGUCGGAAUGACCUGCUCCGCCUGCGCCGGUUCCGUCGAAAAGACCAUCAAACGCCUUCCCGGAAUUCGCGAAGCCAUCGUCGAUGUCCUCAACAACCGUGCCCACGUCAUCUUUUACCCCUCCUUUGUUAACGAGGAGACCAUUCGCGAGGCUAUUGAGGAUGCUGGUUUUGAAGCGGCGUUGCUAACGGACGCUACCAAUAACAAAUCCAUUCAAGUGUGCCGCCUGCAGAUUAAAGGAAUGACUUGCACCUCCUGUUCCUCCACCAUCGAAUCCGCUCUUCAGGCCCUUCAAGGCGUCCUCAAGGCACAGGUGGCCCUCGCCACCGAAGAGGCCCAAGUCCACUACAACCCCAACGUCAUUAGCUACAACCAAAUUCUAGAAGCCGUAGAAGAUUCUGGAUUCGAAGCCGCGCUCAUCACUUCAAGCGAGGAGUUGAGCAAGAUAGACCUCCACGUGGAAGCAGCUGAACUAUCCGAUGAUUCCACCAAACUCAUCGAAGCUUCUCUUCGGGCACUCCCCGGAGUCCUUGGCGUGGACAUAACCACCGAACUGAACAAAAUAACGCUUUCUUACAAACCCGACGUGACAGGACCCAGGAAAUUCAUUCGCGUGAUUGAGGAAACAGGGUGUGGGAAUUUCAAGGCUAAAAUAUUCCCUCAAGAAGCAGGACCAAGAGAUUCUCACAGACGCGACGAAAUUAAGCAGUAUCAUAGAUCGUUCUUGUGGAGCUUGGUGUUCACGGUGCCCGUGUUUCUAACCUCCAUGGUUCUUAUGUACGUCCCUGGAAUCAAGCAAUUACUGGAUGCAAAACUUGUUAACAUGGUAACCGUUGGGGAGGUUGCGAGAUGGGUGCUAACCACUCCGGUUCAGUUCGUUUUAGGUUGGAGAUUUUACUACGGUUCUUACAAAUCGUUGCGCCGAGGCUCUGCUAACAUGGAUGUUUUGGUCGCCUUGGGAACAAACGCGGCGUAUUUUUAUUCGGUGUACUCUGUUCUGAGAGCUGCUACAUCUCGUGAUUUCGAGGGCAAUGAUUUCUUUGAGACGAGUGCGAUGCUUAUUUCCUUCAUUCUGCUUGGAAAGUAUCUUGAAAUUUUGGCGAAGGGGAAGACGUCGAAUGCAAUUGCGAAGCUCAUGAACUUGACCCCUGACACGGCUAUAUUGUUGAGUUUGGACGGUGAAGGGAAUGUGGUGGGUGAGGAAGAGAUUGAUAGCAGGUUGGUUCAGAAAAAUGAUGUGAUAAAGGUUAUUCCCGGGGCCAAGGUGGCUUCCGAUGGGUUUGUUUUGUGGGGGCAGAGUCAUGUGAAUGAGAGCAUGAUAACAGGGGAGGCACGUCCUGUGGCCAAGAGGAAAGGUGACUCUGUUAUUGGUGGAACUGUGAAUGAGAAUGGAGUGUUGCACGUUAAGGCAACGCGCGUGGGCUCAGAGAGUGCUCUUUCCCAGAUUGUUCGGCUUGUUGAGUCGGCUCAGAUGGCCAAAGCUCCUGUGCAGAAGUUUGCAGAUCGCAUUUCCAAAUACUUUGUCCCUCUGGUGAUCUUGAUCUCGUUGAUGACUUGGCUUGCUUGGUUUUUAGCUGGAAGAUUUCAUGCUUACCCCAAGUCUUGGAUACCAUCUUCAAUGGACAGCUUUGAGCUUGCUUUGCAAUUUGGAAUAUCUGUUAUGGUCAUAGCCUGCCCUUGUGCUUUGGGUUUAGCUACGCCCACCGCCGUUAUGGUUGGCACUGGUGUAGGUGCGUCUCAGGGUGUACUCAUCAAAGGAGGGCAAGCAUUAGAGAGUGCGCAUAAGGUGAACUGCAUUGUUUUUGACAAGACGGGUACUCUCACUGUUGGAAAACCUGUAAUAGUGAAUACAAAACUAUUGACAAAAAUGGUUCUUCGAGAAUUCUACGAACUUGUGGCUGCAGCUGAGGUCAAUAGUGAGCAUCCACUUGCCAAGGCCAUUGUUGAGUAUGCCAAAAAAUUUAAAGAUGAAGAGAGCCCUUCUUGGCCAGAAGCAAGAGAUUUUGUUUCCAUUACAGGACAUGGAGUAAAGGCCAAUGUUCACAACAAGGAAAUCAUUGUGGGUAAUAAGAGCCUGUUGGCUGACCAUAAUAUCGCAAUCCCUGUUGUUGCUGAAGAUAUACUCGCUGAAGCCGAAAAGAUGGCUCAAACAGGAAUUUUAGUAUCUAUAAAUGGGGAAGUAGCUGGGGUUGUAGCAGUAUCUGAUCCAUUGAAACCGGGUGCUCAAGAAGUCAUUUCCAUUCUCAAAUCUAUGAAAAUUAGGAGCAUGAUGGUAACAGGGGACAACUGGGGAACUGCUAGUUCUAUCGCGAGGGAAGUUGGAAUUGAAAGUGUUAUUGCUGAGGCCAAACCGGAACAGAAAGCAGAGAAAGUUAAAGACUUGCAGGCUUCUGGGUACACUGUGGCUAUGGUGGGGGAUGGUAUCAAUGAUUCACCUGCACUUGUGGCAGCCGAUGUGGGAAUGGCAAUAGGUGCUGGUACAGACAUUGCUAUUGAGGCUGCUGAUAUUGUCCUCAUGAAGAGCAACUUGGAGGAUGUCAUAACAGCCAUUGACCUUUCUAGAAAAACAUUUUCCCGUAUUCGUCUAAAUUACUUUUGGGCUUUGGUUUAUAACCUUCUUGGCAUCCCAAUCGCUGCAGGAGCUCUCUUCCCUUCUACAGGGUUCCGUUUACCACCUUGGAUUGCUGGUGCUGCUAUGGCUGCCUCCUCUGUCAGCGUUGUUUGUUGCUCUCUGCUGUUGAAAUAUUAUAGGAGACCCAGGAAGCUGGACAACCUUGAGAUACGAGCCAUAAGGAUCGAAUCUUCCGUUGAUCAUAUCAUGCAUGACAAUUGAGGGUUUUGAUUUAGCUAAUUUUCCUUGUAUAUAACGUUAAGUGUCGUGAUUUUAGUUUAGGUUUACAAAAAUGAAAAGGAUUCUUUUCUUUCCAUGAAAAGCUCUCGAGAGUCUUAUGAACAGCUUUAGAAGAUUUUUUUUUGACAACUUAUAAACAGCUUUAAAUGCAUGUAUAUAAAAAAUUAAAAAUUAAAAUAAUUAUAAGGAGUUAUGUAUGAUGUCAAUUUUUAGUUUAACAUGUCAAUAAGGUGUUUUGAUUUUAUGCAAAAACCCUACAAAAUCAGCUACCUGAUGAUAAUGAGGAUGGACGUUGGGUGUUCAAAUUCAAAAGCUUUUUUGGGUGUAGAAGAAGCGGCACCGAAGAACUGGGAAGACGAUUCAUCUUGCCCUCUUCAAACUUUUUACUAGUUCUAAAAUUUGCAAAUUAGUUGGAAUUAAGUUAUUCCCUAAAUAAACGUGUGCAUGUAGUCUAAUAUGUGUGAAAAUUGGCGAACCUAAAUUGAGGUCCAUGGAAGUAUGGAAAGGAAU